UCCUAAUUGCUUCUCCCUAGAUGGGUGGGUCAUCUGCACUUCCAUAUCCUGUUCUGAAGCAACGGGAAGCUGUAACAGGUCACCGCCUUUUGGAACGCUAUGGUAUGACCGAGGUCAGUGUUAUAGUUUGAGUGGUAAAAUUUGACUUGAAUUAAAUGUUCUAACUCUUUCAAACUUUAAAAAUGUCUCUUUUACCGUUCACCGAUAAAAAGUUGCUUUGCAGUUUGUCAUGGUAUUAUCCAAUCCUUUGCAGAUUGUUUUUCUGUGUUUUACAAAUAGGAGCAAAAACAUGGUCGCAAACCCGAUCCUAUUGAGAUGUUUUAUAUAGUGCACAAAUGGCGAGAUGAAAACAAAAGUUGGAUAGAUGAUGCAUCGGAGGAAUUGGCGGUUAAGAUCUCACGGGAAUUAAUGAGUUUGGUUGAAACCCAUGGCGAGGAAACAUCAGAACUAAUGCAACAAGCUUAUGUAGCAGCAUCGUCGUUCGCGAUCUCCUUCCCAACAACACUCACCUUCCCAGCACACUCCGACAUCGUACCCAUAUCCUCCAUAUCACCAUCUUCCACCGUAUCCGUAUACAUCAUCUUCGCAGUUCUACUACCCUCAUCCAUACCAGCCACCUUUGUACCGCCCAGUGCCACACCCACCUGGAGAGUUUACAGCAAUGCUCAAUGAUUCAGAUUUUAUGCAGCAGAUGAUGCCACUAAAUGAUAGGAAUGGCGGGGAUAAAAGUUAGAUAUUUUUACAUUCAUGUUGAAGGUCAACUUUGUUGGUUAUUUUAAGUUAUUGUUAAGUACUAUUUGUCACACGCUUUUAAAGCA